AUGUCUUCAACCAUCACAACUUCUUUGCUCAUGCUGGAAUACACCGGCAUUCCAAAUCUCGUUGCCGAGGUCAUCGGCGCAAACCCUACAGCCACGACUUUCGUACUGGACUGCGACAAGCCCAAGCACAAAAAGAAUUGGGAAGACGGUGAAUGCUACAUCACCAAGGACACCGUCAUUCUCGGCCCAUGGGCCGAUAAGACACCUGCGCCUGGAGCUGUAACCACUGGUAUCUGGAGAGAAGGCACCGUCAAUGAAGAUGAAAAAGAAGGCUACUCGUUCUCAAUAGAGUGUCAAAUGGAUUAUACGGUGCCUAUAGUCUGUACCACGACCAAUCAUGCUUCGUUCACCUUCGACGAUAGUCGGGGCGUCACAGCGACAUACACCAAGCACGGCGGAACGACGGUUGAUAUGUUCUUCUAUGGUGGGUAUGGAUACUUUGGCUGGACUCCUGUCACUGUCACUGCUGGUCACUCGUAUCUGUUUUCUGCCAAGACUGCCUCCUUUACCGAGGCUUCGUGUACAGGCGUCUCUGGAACCGGAGAGGCUGAGGAAGCAACGACUUCUGCCACCGAAACUGGGAGCACGACUGAUAGUGAUGUGAUUACUGUUACGGGCGAAGCUUCAUCUACGACUUCUAGUAACGGCGCAGGUACAAGACGUGCUUUAAGCCUCUGGGCUGCAGUGGGCAUCAUGGCAAGUCUGGUCUUGGCAUGA